CUUCCUUGUUCCUCACUGCAAAACUCCGCAUUUCUUUCCCUUGCCUGUGGUGGUCCUACGAAUCCUAUUAUCCAAUGGCUCAUAGUCGAGGGCCUUUGCAUCUCCUUUUUUCGCCCUAAUCUUUUACUCGAAUCCCCCCAAACAGAAAGCGUUGCAGAUUAGGGUUCGUUUGAUUCGCUUAAGACCGGCAAAUUGGUGAGUUGUUUGAGUAUAUCUGGGGAGUAUUGAAUUAAAUGGAGAAGGAGUAUAUUAACUGUUGGAUAUUUUUCCAACGUAAUUGCAGUGCCAAUCCCUUUGGAAUUUAUUUGGAAGUGCAUCAGAUUCUUGUUUAUAGGUGAUAUUGAAUCAUUGCAGCGUUUAAAGCUGCCUUCAAGCAUGUCAACCAUCAUUUGGAUGAUGUUCAAUCAUUCGCACCCCAAGAAGUGGUCUUUUAAUGAUAGUUUUUAUUUUGCUCUACCAUUUAGUAGUGAUGUUUAUUUAGAUGCUUGCAAGUGGCACUCCAUCACUUCUUCAGAGGAUUGUUUACAGUGUACACCACGAGUUCUUUAAAGUGCUGUUCACAUAUUCACUGAUAAUAAUUCAAGCCAUGGAGAGGUAUAAGAUUUUGGAGGAGCUGGGUGAUGGAACUUGUGGAUGUGUGUUUAAGGCACUUAAUCAAGAGACUAAUGAGAUUGUUGCCAUAAAGAAAAUGAAAAGAAAGUUUUAUUUUUGGGAAGAGUGUAUGAAUCUGCGAGAAGUCAAGUCACUUUGUAAAUUGAAUCACUCAAAUAUUGUGAAGUUGAAGGAAGUCAUUCGGGAGAAUCAUCAACUUUACUUUAUAUUUGAGUAUAUGGAGUAUAACCUAUACCAGAUAAUGAAGGACAGAGAAGGCCCUUUUACUGAGGCAGAGAUCUGUAAUUUUAUUUCACAAGUAUUGCAAGGAUUAGCAUAUAUGCAUAGGAAUGGAUAUUUCCAUCGGGACCUAAAACCAGAAAAUUUACUGGUUACGAGGGAUGUCAUAAAAAUUGCUGAUUUUGGGCUUGCAAGAGAAGUCAUGUCAAAUCCUCCAUAUACUGAUUAUGUUUCAACACGAUGGUAUCGAGCACCAGAAGUCAUGUUGCAGUCUUCAUCAUACACCCCUGCAAUUGAUAUGUGGGCAGUUGGUGCAAUUUUAGCUGAACUUUUCACAUUGUGUCCCCUUUUCCCCGGUGAAAGUGAAACAGAUCAAAUCUACAAAAUAUGUAAUGUUCUUGGAACCCCCGACUUCAGUGUCUGGCCCGACGGGGUGAAUCUUAAACGUGCAAUGAACUUUCAUUUUAUGCAGCAGAUGGCACCAGUUAACCUUGCUGACAUUAUUCCUCAGGCCGGCUGGGAAGCAAUUGACCUAAUCUCGCGGCUAUGCUCCUGGGAUCCACAAAGGAGACCGACAGCUGAACAAUCGCUGCAACAUCCCUUCUUCCAUGUUGGUCAUGUGAGUUCUUUUCCACUGAGGGAUCCUUUACAGUCAAUACCGAAUGUAGUGGGAGAGAGGCCAAAGCUUGAGCUAAGGAAUUUUUGGGACAUUGAGACUGAAUCAGAUGACUCCUUUCUGGGCUUGACACUGGCUGUAAAGCCAAGUGUUUCCAUAUCAGAGGUGGUACCAUGUGCUUCUGAAACCAACAUGGAGGAAUUGUCCCUUAGCUCAAACUUCCAGGAUCUCCCUGGACAGUUAGCGCUUUGGCCUUUCCUAUCCCCCGAUCACAGUGCAAAGGCUGUACCCGUAAAAUCUUCAUUGCCAUCAUCAUACAUGGUGAACAGACAGGUGAUGAGGCCUGGACUAGGGCAUCCCCACUCUGCGGAGCUCACUAUCGCCACAUUACAACCCAAUGUCUUGGAAAACCGUCAGUUGGGUACAAUGCUGGCUAUUUCUACACCUUUCUCCAACGGGCGAUUUUUCCAAUGAGAUCUUCAACUUCUCACUCGCCGCGCAUAAUAACAACCUUCCAGGGAACAAUAUGUAUAUGAUUGAGGAGAUUCCUGGAAGCUUUUUGAGUUAUAGUCUUCUUCAUUUGUGUAUAUGAUGGAUGGUCUUGGGAGAUUUGAGUUAAUUCUUUUGGAUACUGAUAUUUUUCUUAUUCUGUUAAUUCAUGUAAAUUCAGCCUCAUCUUACGUCCCGCCGAUUGCGGGACAUUGGACGGCUGAGGCCAAAAUGGCUAAUCAUUCAGCUCUC